GGUUACACGAUGCCUACCCAGUUUCACUUUUGACACGCGCUGUAACAGUGUCAAAGCAUUAUGAGGUCUUCCUCUUACCUUAUCGGAUUACUCGCACUGUGUAUCUCGGCACUUAUACACGCGGUGCUCGCCAUUCCCAUCAUUGACAGCGCGAAUUUCGGCAAUGCAACUGAAUGCCCGAGGAUCGUCAGCCGAAGUGAAUGGAAGGCCAGGAAGCGCCUUGAUUUUCAGAUUCUGUCAGUGACACCGACGCCGUAUGUGGUGAUCCAUCAUGGUGGUAUACGUAAAUACUGUCAUGACCAAGAGUCAUGCUCCGCGAUCGUUAGAUCUUAUCAGAAUUUCCACAUGGACGAUCGGCACUGGUGGGACAUUGGCUAUAAUUUCCUCAUCGGCGAAGACGGCAACGCUUACGAGGGUCGCGGUUGGGAUUACGUCGGCGCACAUGCACCUGGUUACAAUACCCAAAGCAUCGGCAUAUGCAUCUUAGGACACUUCAGCGAUUUUCUCCCGAAUUCAGCUGCCCUGAAAACGCUGAAUGCGCUGAUAGACUGCGGAGUUUCACUUGGCAAGAUAAGCGACAAGUACAACGUGCUCGGUCAUCGACAGGCGCGGAACACGGAGUGCCCUGGCCAGAGCUUUUACGAGUACGUAAUUACCCUUCCCCGUUGGACAGCGAAUCCGAUACCCAUUCGCACCAUCAUCGCGACGAUGCAAAAAGAUGACAUCGUAGAGAACAACAACACAUCGAAUGAUGAAAAGAUCGAAAAAUCUGAAUCAUCAUGUUUCGAACGUAAUACAUCUUUAAUUAAGAGGCCUUAUAUAUUGUAUCGAAACUAUCCUAUGUGGCAUCAGUUCAUCGUUUUGCAAGUCAAAAUGUACAUCGUGACGACGGCUACGUUGAUUUCCACAACAGUCUACAUAACAUUCGUCGUUCAGGAGACUGCCGCCAAUGACCUAAAUGUUAUUUCUAGGGCACAAUGGGGUGCUAGAGCACCAAAAUCAGCAGCUGCCAAUCUUAGAAUAAAACCAGUGCCCAACGUGAUCAUUCAUCAUUCGACUGGUUCCGGUUGCGAGACCCAAGCUAAUUGUCAGUUGAAAGUGAAAAAUAUUCAGAAUGAGCAUAUGAACAAUAAAAAAUGGUCCGACAUUGGCUACAAUUUUGUGGUCGGUGAAGACGGAAACGUUUACGAAGGUCGCGGCUGGGGCAAAAAGGGUGCUCAUUCCAUUCCUUUCAACAGCAAGAGCAUUGGAAUUUGUAUUAUUGGAGACUAUAGUAACCGAACACCAAAAGCGGCUGCGAUAGAAGCAGUAGCUAAAUUGAUCGAACGUGGGGUGAAUAAUGGCGAAAUAAAAAGUGACUACAAACUUCUUGGACAUCGACAAACCUGGGCAACUGCCUGUCCCGGAAACAGUCUUUACACGAUGAUACAAUCAUGGCCUCAUUGGACGGAAACUGCCAAAUAAAGAAUUAUUUUUAUACCGACCUAACAUAAAAAUGACACGAUCAAAGAAAAUCUAUAAACUACAAUUUUGUGAUUUAUUGAAAUAGAUGUACAAUUUACGAGACCCUCUGUAUCUUCUAAGAUUUGUAGUGUAUUUUGAUUUCUUAAGCGUUAGAUUUUGCAUCAUGAAUAAUUUCAUAUUAUAUAAUGUUAUUUCGUAAGUUACAUAUUUGGAAAAAUAAAGUAAACAAUCCUUGUUUAAA